CCAAAGUCCUGAUCGCAUGUUCGCAUUUCUCCUCCCCUCAGUUCGUCUCUCAUUCCCACCGUCUUCGAUUCUCCCAUCUAUGGACUGGGAGCUUUCUGGAAAUCCGUUCUUACCACUCUGCAUCCGAAGAACCCACGAUAUUCGUCAUUGAAACCCUUACUCCGCGCCCCCUCCCCCUUUCCGGCCAGGUGUUUACCGCCCCGACGUUCAAGAGACCAACCCGAAUCUCCCCCUCCCCUCCUGUCCCAUCCACACAACAGCAACCAUGGCUACUCCGGUAGCACCCCCUGAAGAUCAGACUCGUCUCCUCGAGGAGGCACUGGGCGUAGUGCGGCAGCAGUCGCAAAUGAUGCGGAAAUGUCUAGAGACUCCCGGGAAAUUAAUGGAUGCGCUGAAAUGCGGGUCUACAUUAGUCUCCGAGCUCCGCACCCCUAGUCUAGGCCCCAAGCAAUACUACGAGUUGUAUAUGGCGGUCUUCGACGCCCUGCGCCACCUCUCCGUAUACCUGAAAGAGAACCACCCGGUCAACCACUUAGCGGAUCUCUACGAGCUCGUGCAAUAUGCCGGCAACAUCAUCCCGCGACUCUACCUCAUGAUCACCGUAGGGACGGUGUACAUGUCCGUGGAGGAUGCCCCCGUCAAGGAGAUUAUGAAGGACAUGAUGGAGAUGAGCCGAGGCGUACAGCAUCCCAUCCGCGGCUUGUUCCUCCGAUACUACCUGUCCGGCCAGGCGCGGGAUCACCUGCCGACGACCACUGGGGACGGCCCCGAGGGCAAUCUGCAGGACUCGAUCAACUUUGUCCUGACCAACUUCGUGGAGAUGAACAAAUUGUGGGUGCGGUUGCAGCACCAAGGCCCGUCUCGCGAGCGGGAGAAGCGCAUGCAGGAACGGCGCGAGCUGGAAUUGCUGGUUGGGAGCAACGUUGUGCGCCUGAGUCAAUUGGUCGAUCUCGAGGGCUACAAGAAUGGGAUACUGCAGGCGCUGCUGGAACAGGUCGUUCAGUGUCGGGAUGUGUUGGCGCAAGAAUAUCUGCUUGAAGUGAUUACGAAGGUGUUCCCCGACGAGUUUCAUCUGCACACGCUCGACCUCCUGCUUUCGGCGAUUUCACGGCUCAACCCGCAUGUGGACUUGAAGAAGAUUGUGAUAGGUCUGAUGGACCGUCUGUCGAGCUAUGCUGCCCGCGAGCGCGAGGCUUCUGCCGACCCCGAGGCACGGAAGCAGGAGGAAGAGGCCGUUACUAAAUUGCUCGAAAACCUCAAGGUGUCUGAAGAGACGAAGGAGGAAGCUCCUGCGGCAGAGGCAGAGGCAAGUCAGGAGAACGGCGUUGAACAGGCCCAGAAGGAAGACGAACCGACGGAGGAAGGCGAGCAAAAAGCAGCCAAUGGCGACGCCAAAGCACCAGAGGCCAUCCCGGCCGACGUCAAGUUGUAUGCCAUCUUCUACGAUCAAGUGGUCAACUUGAUCAAGAACCGCGGCCUGCCCAUCCAAGACACCAUGGCGCUUCUGCUUUCGCUUGCCAAUCUGGCGCUCAGCACUUACCCCGACCAACUAGAAUACGUUGACCAGGUCCUGGAUUUCGCGACCACAGAGACUGCUGCUUAUACCGAUCACGCCGAUCUGCACUCCGCUCCCACGCAGCAAAACCUCCUGCAACUUCUUACCGCACCCCUCCGCUCUUACGCCUCGAUCUUCACGGCUUUGGCCCUACCUCAUUAUCUCCCCCUUCUAACCACCCAGUCUUACCCCACGCGACGAUCCGUCGCAGGCGAGAUCGCUCGCAGCCUCCUCAAGAACGGAACCCCGAUCACCACUAUAGAAAACCUCGACCGUGUUCUGCAAGCCUUAAGAGUCUUAAUCAAGGAAGGCACUCAGCAGUCCAUGGGAUACCCUGGGUCACAGCGACGAGGAGAGACCGAAGAGACCAUUGAGGAGCAAGGGUGGCUUGCACGGUUGGUCCAUUUGAUCAAAUCGAACGACAACGAUACUCAAUUGAAGCUCCUCCAAGCCACUCGAAAAGCUUACCUCGACGGCAACGAGCGCAUCCGCUAUACCACACCAGCCCUCAUCACUUCUUCGAUACGCCUGGCGCGUAAACUCAAGGCUCGCGAGCACUACGACGACAACUGGCAGUCGCAGUCGUCAGCACUCUACCGGUUCAUGCACCAGUGUGUUAACAAUCUCUACCAGCGCGUGAACCCCGGAUGCGCCGACCUGGCGCUGCGAUUGUUCGUGAUGUGCGGCGAGGUGGCCGACCAGACGGGCUUCGAGGAGUUUAGCUACGAGUUCUUUGCCCAGGCGUUCACCAUCUAUGAAGACUCAAUCAGCGAUUCCCGGGCCCAGUUCCAGGCGGUAUGCAUCAUUGCGGGUGCGUUGCACGGCACGCGGGGAUUCUCGAAAGAGAACUACGAUACCCUCAUCACCAAAGCCGCGCUGCACGGAAGCAAGCUGCUCAAGAAGCCCGAUCAAUGUCGCGCGGUCUAUCUGGCCAGCCACCUCUGGUGGGUAGUGGAGAACCCGCAACGCGGCGAGGAAGACCCGAAGAAU